AUGGAAUACGCGGCCGAACAUCCUGAGGACCCGGCUGUCUUGCCAUGGGCUUCGGACUUCCACGAUACAGCAGGAGAACACAUGGAAAACAUGAUUGCGUGGCACGAAGUACAAUUUGUCGCCCGAUAUUGCAGGCAUGAAAGUGUAGAGGAAUGGAUUGCGGACACUCCGGUUGUCUAUUAA